CGCACACCUUCAUUUCGGCGAAAACCGGAAGAAGUCAAGGAAUACCGGCGUCGCUUGUAAACUCCACAACAGACGUCUCUGCACAUUCACAUUUUUCUUGUGUUUUUUUGGAGUCUAAGGACACCAUGCCGGUCGUUUGUGCGUCGACGGGCUGCAAUAAUAAGUUUGUGAAGGGGUCAGAUAUUAGAUUUUAUCGGUUUCCACUGAGUAAACCUUCACUUUCCGUCAAAUGGGUUCAGAGCCUGGGGUUGAAAAACUUUGUCCCAACAGCCAACACCUGCCUGUGUUCAGAGCAUUUUGCACCGGACUGCUUCAGGGACUACAAUGGAAAACAGUUCUUGAGGGAGGACGCAGUGCCGACAAUGUUCACUCAUGGGCAAGACUCUUCUAAGAUUGAACUACGGAAACGAGCCUCAAUGACACAUUCCAGGGACACAAGCGUCGCAAAUCAAAUUGCACAAACACUAGCAGAGAGAGACAGAGCAAGGGAGGCUGCCAAUCUCCGCAGGGACAAAAGGAGCACAAGGGGUGGACGUGGAGGGCGUGGUGGAAAACAUCUGCCUGAUAGGCAGAGUUUCGGAGGCAAGAGCAGAGUUUAUGACGGCAAAGGUCGACUCUUAUCCAAUGGCAAGGACAUGUGUGACUGUUUGGAUGUGGACUGCAUGGGCUGCUUCUAUCCCUGCACCGAGUGCAGCUCACGCAAGUGUGGAUUCGAGUGCCGAUGUGACAGGAAGUGGCUUUACGAGCAGGUAGAAGUGGAGGGAGGAGAGAUCAUCCGCAACAAGUAUGCCUUUUAGUUUAAGCCAAGUAAAUAUACAGCACAUACGUACACUGGCCAUCAUCAAAUAAGAUCCAACACAGUGCAAUUCACCACAAUUAAGAAUUGUUUUGAUUGUCAGAGAGAGGUUUUUUUUGGGUUCAUUAGAGUGUUUGUAUUGGAUCUUAUCAGAGUAAGUGUAUGUAAUGUGGCUGACAAAUGGAACAGGUGGAUGAAAGGCUACAUCACGAUGCUGGCAGCCUAAACGUGUUCCUUCUGAUAUUUCAUCGACAUCCAACUGUUGAACUAUGAAAGACUGCUUUUAAUACUUGACUGCUGAACGCUCCUGCUCAAAGCUAUGUGAGGUUUUUGUUUCCAGUCAUUUAGGUUUGCGUUCCCUUGCUCUUGGUUUAUAUUCAUGAAAAAGGGGUUUGUGUCAAUCCAUGUUAAUAAACUUUAUUUGUAAUGUAACAUGUUUCUACUGGUGAUUUGAUGGAACUUCUCUUCAGGCCACCACCUUUUUAGCAUAGAAGUUUUGGAAGAAAGAACAAAUACUACAUUUGUGCACAAUAACUUGUUCCCUUAGAAUGAAUGUAAAUACACUUGGUUGUGAAAUACACAGAAGCUGUUUUCAUGUGGACUUCGAUCUUUUUGGCAGGAAAAAUAUCAGUGUAGGUGUCACCCUCCGGUAAAGGAGCCAGGAUCAUAGAUUCAUCUAUCAACUUGAUAAAGCGUCCAUCGAAAAUAUUGGCUGUUGCAGUCAUUAGUAGGAAAAGAGCACAAACCUCCAGGGAACCGCUGGGUAAAAAAACACAAUGCCAUUAAAGGACACCAAUGACCCAAACAAAUCCUAUCUCCUCUCAUCCAUCCAGCCUGGAGUAUUCACAAUCAUUGCAUCUUCAGCUGAAACUAAUUAGCUUAUGAACCUGAGUGUCUCCAGGUUGAAUUGCAUCUUGGAUGGCGAUGGUGUUCAUGGUGUUUUACAUAAUAUAAUCACUGUGGAAGUCCACCGAUCCAGCGUAUAGUGACUUUCACAUUUACAUUCUACAAUGAGAGUUCAUUUCAAAAUGUUUGUAUGUAAAUACAUUUACAUCAAUGAUAAAUGUCACUUUGUGUCAGUCUGGUUAUAUUGAGCUGCAGCAGAGAUAUCACUUUGGGAACUAAUGCUUAUUACUCCCUUUUAUCCGUGAAUGUGUGAAAGCAGUACAGCUUAUUUGCUUUGCUUUAUACGUACGAGCUCCUAUGGCCGGUCUACGUGCAAAAAACCUCAACCGCACGGAGGGCAGGCGUGUGCCGUGCUCAUUUUUGAAUCGUAAACUGGCCAUGGUGUUGUUGUUUUUUUUUUUUUUUGUCAUGUCAAACAAACUCUGAGGGUUCCUUGGGUUUUUUUCAUAUUGCCAGACAAACUUACACACUUUGUGCGUCUUUGUCCAUUGUCUGAAUUUGUAUGUACAUUUUUCAUUUUGGGCAGUCCACCAAUGGCAACACUACUAGUACAAUGUAGUACAUGUAAGAGCUACAAUCUUUAUUAAGUACAUGAUCCCACAAAAAUAUGUUUAACACUGUAAGCUAUUUUACAUGUGCUUUUUUGCAGUGUGAUUUCCUUUCAUAGGAUUUUGUGACAAAAAAUGACUUAUGCAGGUUAGUAAGAUCAUAUUGUGUUUUUGUUUCAAUGAUAAAACAUCAUUGAUAAAACAUUUUGUCGGGUUUUAAGGUUUCAAACUUUGUUCAGUGGCCUUUGAACGCAGCAGAGUAAUGUGCAUUGACAAGCUUUCUUUGACGCUGCUGUUUGUUGACCACUUGUAUUUAAUUACCAAAUAAA